AUGGACGCGGGCCAAGGUGACAGCAUCGUUCUCGAGGAAGAGAUCGACCCCAACUACGAGCCGACGGAAGAUGAGGUCCUCGAGUACGCCAAGUGGCUCGGCAUGGACCUCGAAGCCGAGCGGGACCUCUUUUGGAUUGCCCGUGAAGGGCUCAAGGCGCCUCUGCCCGAGAACUGGAAGCCGUGCAAGACGACCGACACGGGCGAAAUCUACUACUUCAACUUCGCUUCGGGCGCCAGCACGUGGGACCAUCCGUGUGACGAGUACUAUCGCAAGCUCUACGACGACCACAAGAAGAAAUCCAUUCACGGCAAAAAGGACUCGGAUUCGAAGAAAAAGAAGGAAAAAGACGAUGUCGAUGAGAUUUUGGGCAAAAAGUCCAAGAAAAAGAAAGCACCACCCAAGACCGACGGGCUCUCAGCUGUCAAGACGAGCAUCGAUAAGAAGCCUCUCGGCGGUCUUCCCAGCAAGUUGGGACCAACGUCCGGCGGGUUAGGGCCGCUGGGGGGGCUCAAGCCCGUGGGGGGUCUCGGCCGACCGGGACCGAAGGCUUUAUCGCGCGCCGAGAGCGACGAUGAAAAGGAAAAUGACGACGACGACGAAGAGGAAGCCAAAGUCGAAAUCAAAGCGAUUGGGAAAAAGCCCCUCCUUGGGGUGCCCAAAGCAGCAGCAGCAAAAGACGAGCUCGAUAAGAAGGCUGCGUCGCUCGAGAAGGAGCUUGCGGACCUCGAGUCGGCCCACGCCGAGAAGGUCGCGGCGCUUGAAGCCAAAGUCGCGGCCCAAGAAGACACGCUGCGGGACACGAUGGCGGCAAAUGAGAAGAAAUUGUCCAAAAUCCAAGCCUCGCACGACGACGAGGUCGCGAGCAUGAAGGAGCUCGAGAAGAAGCUCUCCAAGCGUAGGAAGGACAUGGAGACCGAGAACCGCAAGCAGCUCGACGACCUGGAGGAGGCUUUUGUCGACAAGAAGCGCGAGCUGCGCCAGCGCCAAGACAAGGAAACCAAGGAGAUGGAAGAAAAGCAGCGCCAGCGCAUCGACGAGCUCGUGGCCAAACACGAACAUGCGCUGGAAGAGAUGCGGCGCAAGCAAGAGAUGGAGACCGAACACCGCGAGAAGGUCGAAGCCGAGGCCUCGAGCCGCCUCCAAGAUGAGUUGGACGGGCUUAAAGCCGAGGUAGCCAAGCUCAAGAGCAAGCUGCAGCAGGCCGACGACGAAGUGACCGACAGCAACAGAAAGCUCACGGCGGCCCGGGCCACGAUCGAGACGCUGGAAGCGCAAGUGCGGGACCUCGAGGCGUCGCGCACGCCACCCGAUGAUACGGCAGCGCAGGAGUCGGCGGUCGCGGCCGAAGCACAAAAGUGGGCAGCGACACUCGAGGCAGAGACAAAGGCGCUAGAAGCGAAAUGGCGCGCCAACGUGGUUGAGGUCACUGCAAAGCUCGAUGCUGUGACAGCCGAGCGGGAUGCAGCGGCGGCGGCAGCGUCCGAGGCAAACGCAGCUUUGCAGCGCAAGCUCCAAGAAGCAACAGCAGCAACGUCCGAGUCGGUGCGCGAGACAGAGCCAGACUCGGGCGCACUCGACGCGCUCCAAGCCAAGUAUGAUGCACUUCAAUCCAAACUUGACGCGCUUCAAUCGAAUUAUGACGCGCUCGACGCUGCACACGCGGCGCUGCAAACCCAAUAUGACGCGCUCGAUUCUACCCACGAAGCGCGUCAAAGCGAGCUGCGUGGCCAAGUGGAUAGCGCUACUGCCAACGCCGCCGAGUGGCAAACGCAGUGCGAGACGGCAAUGCGCGAUCAAGCCGACUGGCGGGCUAAAUAUGAAGCGGCGUGCAGUGCUGCAGCGGUGGCCGCCGCGGGCGACGAUGACGCGACUGCGUGGACUGCCAAGAUAGACGCGCUUCAAUCGGCAGCCAAGGUGAGAGAGGCGAGCUUACAAGCCGAGAUGGCCGACCUGCGAGAGGCCAGCGCAGCCAACGACGACGUCGUGAAUGCCUUAACGGCCGCCAAAGACGUGUUGCAAACUAAGCUCGAGGCGCUCGAGGCGUCCCAUGCUGCCACAACACAAGCGCUGGACGAGCUCCAAGGUGCGCGUCAAGCCAGCGACACCCAGACGGCGUCCGUGCAAUCCGAUGAAAUCGAUCGAUUGAAACGCCAGUGCACGUCGCUCGAGACCCAGUUGGCCGAGACGGCGGCCGAGCACGACGCCGUGCUCGCAACUCUCCAGAAGAGCCAACGCCAGCUGCAGGACGACCUUGCACGCAAGGAGAGCGACCACCGCGCCGAGACAAGUGCCCUCAACGACCGCUUCCACGAGGAAAAGCACCUCGAAGCGCAGUUGGCUCAAGUGCAGUCGCAGUGGACGUCGCUUCAGAGCCAAGAGUCGUCGACGUCAAGUGUUCUCUCGGCGCUGCAAGACCAACUUCGUCAGGCGCUCGACGAAAAGACGGCACUGCAUGCAUCGAUGGACGAGCAGCUCGAUGCGACGCGCAAGACGGCGGCGGUGUACGAGACCACGAUUGCAAGCUUGAAGCGCGACGCAAAUGAGGCUCAGACAACCCAUGCGGCCGCGCUCCAGGCCGCGCUCUCCGAGACCCACAAAGUUGAAGCUGCCAAGCGGUCAUUGGAUGAUCAAAAGACUGCACUCGAGCGCAAGCUCAAGCAAAAAGACGCCGAGAUCGCCGCGCUCACCACGCAGUUGCAAGCAGAGCCUUCGAGCAGUCCGUCCGCGACGGUGCCGGCGUGGGAGCUCGAGAAGUGGACGACGCAGGCCAAGGCGCUCGAAGUCGAGAAGGCCGAAUUGCAAGCGCGCUACGAGGCAAACCAAGCGGAGAAGAAGGCUCGGCAGCUCGAGGCCGAUCGAGACGCAGCGCAGCUCAAACUCAAAAGCGUCCAAGCCGAGUGCGAUACUCUCACGUCCAAACUGCGCACUAUCUCGGCCGAAGCUGCGGACGCCAGGGGCGCCGCCAACAAACUCAAAAUGACAGCCCAGUCGCUCGAGGCACAGCUGCAAAAGCAAGCCGACGAGGCAUCGUCGUGGGAAGCCAAGGCGGGCAAGCACCGCGAGACGGCGGAAGCGCUCGAGCUCCAACUGCGUUCGCUCAAGCUCCAGAUGGACGAAAGCACCUUCCAACUGUCCAUGGAGCAGCAAGAGAAAGUAUCGCUUCAGCACGAAGUCGAUGCGCUCAAGGCCAAAGCCAUUGCUGCCGUCUCGACCGACAAGAGCUCAUCCGAGAAGGCAAGUAGCUCGGCGUGGAAGGAACAGGUUGACGCAGUACUGCUCGAGAAGCAGCAAGCAGUCGAGAAGCUCCGCUUGACGACCCAAAAGCUUCAAGACGUCGAGGGCAAGAGCAAAACUUCCAUCGAGUCGCUGGAGCGAUCCAUGAUGUCCAUAACCACUGAGAAGCAGGCUAUCCAGGACCGCUGCGAGAAGCUCGCCAAGCAACUGCAGCAAGCGGAGGGCGCGUUGCGCCGUUUAGAGCAAGAACGAGAUGAGAUCGACGACAGCUACAAGCGAACGAGCCAGGACAAGGUCGACGUUGAGAGCAAGGUGCGGUCGCUUGUCGAGUCCCAGCGAUCGCUCGAAACGCAGCUGCGGGAUGCAACCCACCAUGUCGAGUCGCUUGAAGACGAGAAGCGCCAGAUGCAGUACAGCAUAAGUGCAGUAGAGAGCCGGCUCAAGCGCUACGAAGCCGACGUCGACCGGCUCAAAACCGAGCUGACGGCGGUAACAGUAGCCAAAGAGACGGCCGAGACCAAGUUGCGCUCUGAGACGGCAUCGCUCGAGGCAAAGCUAAAGGCGAUUCGACAAGAGCAAGCCGACUCGCUUCAACGGCGCUCGACCGACGACGAAUCGCAGCGAGAUCAGUUGACGUCGCAGCACAAGCGCGAGCUCGGCGAGCUCAAAAAAGAGCUUUUGGCCAAGCUCGCGACCGCCGAGACGGAGACGGAGACACUGCGUCAGAGUGUACAUGACCGCGCCAAGGAGCUGCAGCUCAAAUCCAAGGAGAUUGAAACCAUUUCGCUCCAACGACAGAAGCUCGAGGUUUUGUCGGCGUCACUCCAAGAGCAGGCACGCCAAGAGAAAGCCCAGGCUGCCACCGAUUUAGAGGCACUCAAGGCGCGGUUGAAAGCGGUGCAAGCCGAGAAAGACGAGCUGUUUCUUCUCGCGUCGGCGUCGUCUCAUCCGGCGGCGCCGACAUUAUCGUCGUCGACGACAGCGAGCAAUCAAGAGCUGCACUCGGUUAAGUUGCAAAUGGCCCACGUCAACCAAAACGAGCUCGAGACGCAUCUCAAAGAGGUCACGUCGCAGCUCGAUACGUGGCGGCGCAAAGCCAGCAUGCUGGAUCUGCGCUGCCGCGACUUGGCGCUGGAAAUCGAAGGCCACCAUGUUGAGAACGCGACCCUGCGGUCAGCGGCGCAGCGACUGCACACGAACGCGCUCGAGUCGCUCUCGAGCCUCGAGCGUCUCAACUACGAGCACAAGAAGCGGCUGCUGCGCUCCGAGUACAUGGGCCAGCUUCGCGACUUUUCCGAUCGAGAGGAGCUCGCUUUGGCGCGGCAAAAAGCGCGCGUCCGCGCGAGCUGCGAGCGUCAGCUGGAGGAGGUCGUGUUGGCGUUUCAGCAGCAAACCACGCAGCGCCUCGAGCAUGAAGAGACCGAGUUCCAAGCCGCGCUGCGCCACUGUCAGCACGACCACGAGCUCCAGCUCCAGCGAGCCCUCAAAGGCUUUCACGACAAACUUGCAUCAUACCAGCGCGAGCUCCAAGACAAACAAACGGUGCAGAUGCAUGCAAUGGCCAAGCAGCUGCACGAGGAGGAAGCCCACUUGGCAGCACGUCUUCGGGACACCCACCAGCUCAACCGCGAAGAAGCACUCUCCAAAGUCCAGAAUCUACAGCCUGGCGAGCUUCCCGAGCUCGUGCUCGACAAGCCGCAGCCAUUGCAACAACCAAUGUCAUCGUCGCCGUAUCGAUCCCCCAAUCCAGCAUGGGAGGUAAACACACGACCAGCAACCAAACAAAAGGCCCGUCGACGCAGCGCGGCCAACGGCAGUCGCCACCGACGCGCCCAGUGGCAGCGCAAGAUCGAGAAGGAAGUCGCCCUCCUGGAGAAGGCCAAGCAUUUUGUUGCGAAACAAAAGAAAGCGCUCAAAGCUCGCAUGGCCAAACUCCAGCACGAGAAGGACUGGUGGCGCCGCGAGACGUCCGUGUCGCCGAAAGACCCGAGUUGGGUCUCGGAGAUGCGACAGCUCCUCGAGCUCCACGCCGAGCAACUGGCCAAUGACGCGCGGGACCUCAAGGCGACAGAAAAGUGGGUGGCGAAGCGCGCGAGCAAGAUCCACGCGUUGGAGCGUGCGUGCGAUAACGUGGACGACGACCACGAAUAUGACGACGACGAGUCGACAAACGAGUCGGUCGACGCGACGCUUGAGCGACUCCAUGACGAGCUGCUGCAAGACGGCGCCGCCAUGUCGCUCAAGCUGCGCCCUCGAGACCGUGAGAACAUUGCGUGGCCGUCGGAUACGUCCCCCGUGCCCCGCCCGCAGUACGACUAUCGAAGCUAUGAGCAGCCCAUGUACGCGAGAACGUACUCGGCGCCAAUGCAGCAGCUACAUCCGUCCGAGAUGGGAGCCCAAAACCGCUACUACUACCAUCGCCAGCCCGAUGAGCGGCACUACGCCACGCUUGCGACACCCUCGUACAAGUCGCAUAUUGGUGGCAGCAAGAUCACGGACUGGGCGGUCAACCGUGAAAAAGCCAGCGCCGCGGCAAGUGCCCAUGGAUCGUAUCUGGGCCAGCUCGCCAAAGAGCUGCAGGCGUACACGCGGCAGGCAGAGCCAGCGUCGCGGCUCUCGGAUGGAGAAGUCGACUUGGCUUAG